GAUUCGCAGUCGUGGGGCGCCCUUGGCAGUGACGCACCCGCGAGUUGCCGAGGCCUAAUUACUCGAGCGCUGCCAUGUGACAGAUGUGCUAACAGACCUAAAAGAAGCAUCAUGUUCCAUGACUUCAUUUCACCCCAGGGGACUUCAGGCUGCCCGUGCCCGGAAGUUCAAGAGUAAAAGGCCACGGAGUAACAGUGAUUCUUUUCAGGAAGAAGAUCUGAGGCAGAGUUUUCAGUGGAGGAAGAGCCUCCCUUUUGGGGCAGCCUCAUCUUACUUGAACUUGGAGAAGCUGGGUGAAGGUUCUUAUGCUACAGUUUACAAGGGGAUUAGCAGGAUAAAUGGACAGCUAGUGGCUUUAAAAGUCAUCAGCAUGAAUGCAGAGGAAGGAGUCCCAUUUACAGCUAUUAGGGAAGCUUCUCUCCUGAAGGGUUUGAAACAUGCCAAUAUUGUGCUCCUGCAUGACAUAAUCCACACCAAAGAGACACUUACAUUCGUUUUUGAAUACAUGCACACAGACCUGGCCCAGUACAUGUCUCAGCACCCAGGAGGGCUUCAUCCUCACAAUGUCAGGCUUUUCAUGUUUCAACUUUUGCGGGGCCUGGCAUACAUCCACCACCACCAUGUUCUUCACAGGGACCUGAAACCUCAGAACCUACUCAUCAGUCAGCUGGGAGAGCUCAAACUGGCUGAUUUUGUGUCCCCAAAGUUUUUCUUGGGAGGAGGUAUGCUAGUAGUUCAGUUCCAUAUGUAUGGUUUCCUUGAAAGUGUUCGGUUGACUCUUGUUUCCUUUGCUAGGGGUGCAGGCUGCAUCUUUAUUGAAAUGUUCCAGGGUCAGCCUUUGUUUCCUGGAGUUUCUGACAUCCUUGAACAGCUGGAGAAGAUCUGGGAGGUGUUGGGAGUCCCUACAGAGGAUACCUGGCCUGGAGUUUCCCAGCUACCUAAUUACAAUCCAGAAUGGUUCCCACUGCCUAAGCCUCAGAGCCUUCAGAACGUCUGCAGCAGGUUGGGCAGGGUUCCUGAAGCUGAAGACCUCGCCUCCCAAAUGCUGAAAGGCUUUCCUAGAGACCGUGUCUCUGCUCAGGAAGCCCUGGUCCACAAUUACUUCAGUGCCCUGCCAUCUCAGCUGCACCAACUUCCUGAUGAGGAAUCUUUGUUUACAGUUUCAGGAGUGAGGUUAAAGCCAGAAAUGUGUGACCUCUUGGCCUCCUACCAGAAAGAACACCACCCAGCCCAGUUUAGCAAAUGCUGGUGAAAAGAAAGGGGGAUAUCUCCAAGAGUCUUCCAGGUCUCGUUACUGCUGUUUCUGCUUUGAUUUGCUUCAGCUUACUAAGAAGCUUCAAGUCGAACUCCACACUGGACCAGGAGUGUUAUACUAUCACCUGUGUCCUGGCAUACUUUAAACAUGAUGUCUGGGGCAAUGGUACAUAAUACUUGCAGAAAAAGCAAUGAAAGGUUAUUGCUAUUGUCAUCUGCCUUGAAUUUAACAAUGACGGGCUCAACAAUUAGACAUAGACUGAAAUACUCUGGACUUCUGAAUAAUUUCAUCCAUUUUAUUAUUUGACAGCAAGAUCCCUGGGCCAGAAGGGCAACAGGACAGAUGGGAGACUGACAAUUGAAAGAAUGUAGAGGCAGAGCUGAUGCUUACAGAGGCCUGUCACUCCUGCAUCCGCGUAUGAUUUUCCCCCAACAAAAGGACUUCUGUGGCAUGGAGAGGAUUAGUCUAAAGUUUGGAAAAGUCUCCAGGGAAGAUGGUUUCUUGGAUAAAGUUGUCAAUGAAAGGACUCACUUAAGACUCUUCGUUACGAUUUCCUAGGGGGCAUUUCUGCCUUCACUAACUACUCCACCGCAGCCAGAUUUUAAGCAUUUGGAUUGAAUUGCAGGUUUGAAUUAAAUUUCAGGCUGUCUGCUUCUCCUGAAUCCUAAUUGUCCAUGAUGACAGCAAAAGUGAUGAGGAAUCUAAGCUCUGAUUUGAUAGUGGAGAUACUGAAUAGACAGAUAAUAGCAAGUCUUCCCAAAGAUGUAAUUUAAGCCCUGUUGCAUUAUCAGGCACACAUGUGUGUGCACACAUGUAACCCUCAAGUGAAAUGAGAGAUCUGUCUUGGCUAACACAUGUAUCAUUUUUUCUACAAUGACUACUAAAACAAACCAGGGAAAUGCAAGUUACUUUGUCUAAGGAUCGUCUCCUCAGGAAAUGUAGUAGCCUAGAAACUAGAGACCUCUAUACAGCCUUUAGAAGAACAAGGAGGGACUAAAUAAGAAUUUUAAAAAAUAGUACCUGUUCACUCGAAGUCUGAAGUCUGAGAUGGAAGCAGGAAAAAUGCAUUCAGGGGGUCCAAAGAAAUCUACCUUAGUGAUUAGAUUUUUGUGAUUUUAAUAUGACAUUUGACAAAGCCUGUCCACAUACACCUGAAAGAUGAAACUAUAGGGGCUGGAUGAUGGGGCAGAUGUGCUCAAAGACUGGUGGUUAUUCAACUAAGAGAGAGGCUAAUAGAGGCUAGUGUGAUACAAGGUUCAGCCUUGACUCCCAUUCUGGUCAAAUGUUUUCAUUCAUCACUUGAAUAAAAUCAGAGAAGGUGCACAAUUUAUUCAUACAUCUCUUUGAAGCAGGUACUAUUAUUAUUAUUAUAUUACUUCCAUUUUACAAAAGUAGAAACUGAGGCUCUGAGUAGUUCAAUAAGUCCUCCAGAGCAGUACGCCAGAGUUAAGGUGCAUAUUUGAGGUUUGGCCAUUUCCAAUGUCUGUGAUCUUUUCAAUAAUCACAUACCCAUCAAAUCACAUACACAAGUCUUGAAGAGGCUGCCGAUGGUUAGCACUGGAUCAUGGUUCAAAGCACUGAGAUCUUGCUAAAAGCUAAUAUGUACCACUACUUACCUAUUAGAAUGACCAAAUUCCAGAACACUGACAACACCAAAUUGCUGGGAGAAAUAUGGAACAAGAGGAACAAACUCUCAUUCAUUGCUGGUGGGAAUGCAAAAUAGUACAGCCACUUUGGAAGACAGUUUGGUGGUUUCUUACAAAACUAAACGUACCCUUAGGAUAGAUCCAACGACUACAUCUCUUGGUGUUUAUCCAAAGGAGUUGAAGACUUGUGUCCACACAAAAAGCCUUAUUUUAUAGCAGCUUUAUUUAUAAUCACC